UGACACGAUAUAUUCAUGUGUUUUCGCGGCACUGAGCGUCGGUAUUUCUGUGGCGGAACUUAUUUUCAUUUAUAAUUUUAAAAAUAAUAGAUUACAAUCAGUGUUUAUAGUUUUAUUCGUGAGAUAAUUAGUGAUAACGUGUGUGGAAAGCGCAGUGAUGUUAACCGUGGGCUGGUUCAGCUCCUUUCGAUGUAUGGAGUUAUGAUGGCGCGUGUUUGACUGUGUUACUGGGUGCUUUCUCGUAACAAAUUAGGACUUUGCUCGAAUGAUAUUUGAGCGCUGACAAUUAUAGUUAAUAUUCCUGUUUCUGUGGCAUAAAAACUUUCUGAAACUGGUGUUAGAACGUUUCUAUCGGGACACAUCGGUGUGUAAAAAAGGAUAUUAAGUUUCCGAUGGACUGUGGCUCAAUUAUGCACCAAGGAGACCGCCAAUCUGACGAUUUGUCUUGUGCAAAUUGCAAUCACUGACGCCACUAAACGGAAUAACGCGGAGAAAACCAAGUGAAACGCUUGGGGACGAGUGUAACCUGUAAACAUUGGUGUCUCGUCACAUUUCGUAUUGUUGUUUGCUGAAAAAUAUGAGAUUUAAAUAAAAUAUUUGUGAUUUGGGCCGAUACUUGCGAUGUUCUAUUUUGUUACGUCAGACGCGUAUAAAAGGGUCUAGAUUAUUCGAGACAUAUUGCAAUGGAGGAGUCUGAGGAUAAUAUGAGUUCUGAGGACUUGAAAGUGUCAGGUAGUCCACUGACAGUUAAGUUAAAACCAAAGAAAAGGUCCCUCAUUGAACGUGAACUUGAAACUAAUUUGACUGCCAGAGUUACUUCACCGGUUUCUACAGGGGAUGGUACCAGUACCAGUCGCUAUGGAAGGGCUCGCCGUCUUAAAUCUGAGAUUGAGCAGUCAGAUACCAAGAAAGUGACACCGGAAAUUAAGUCACCGCUGGCUGAAAAGUCACCAAUGAAGACCCAGUCCCCUGUAUACAAGAUGCAUGCAUCAAAUUCUCCAUUAAGAUCUGAACAGCCAAAAAUAGUUGGUGUUGAAACUUUUCUGGAGAACCAAAUUGAGAGUAUAUAUCAAGAGAACAUAUCAUUGAGCCGUUUUGCCACGGAGGAAGUUAAGAAAACUAGUCCGUCUCCUGCUAAGAAAUUCCCCAAAGUUUAUAUAAGAAAGGACUUAAUUCAGAAGCGGGAAGCGGAUGAGAAUGUCACGUUUAUCAAAAACAUGUUUUCACCAGUCAAAAGCGCAAGCAAGUCUUCCAGUACGCAUUUAAAUAAUAUUUUGGAGCGGUCCUCUGAACGGUAUAGUUUGGGAUCAGCUAAGCAACAGAAUGGAUAUUUAGAUAAUUCCUCUGUGGUGAAAACUCUGGAUUUUGAUAGUAAGAAGAAGAAAAAAGACCAUAGAGAGACUAAAACUCCUUCAAAGAGUGAGUUAUUUGAAUUAGAAGCCAAAUGUGCCUAUCAGGUUGGAGACCUAGCCUGGGCAAGAAUGGGUACUUUUCCAUUCUGGCCAUGUAUUGUCACUAGAGAUCCCUCUAAUGGAGUGUUUGUCAAAAAGAAGUUAUUCGGCCGCAUAGAGCGUGACGUCAUACACGUAACGUUCUUCGGAGAUAAUGGUCGCCGCGGCUGGAUCGUGGACACCAUGCUUCGCAAGUACUCUGGGCAGCUCGAGUUUGAGACUACAAGGGAGAAUUUCACACCUGAGGAUAAGAAAAAGGACCCCAGAUUGUAUGCAGCCUUCUUCGUAUCAGAAAAGAAACAAGCCCUAUGGAACAACUCCGUGGAAGAAGCAGAAAUGCUGCUUCGAGAACCAAAAAGGUUGAGGAUAGAUAUCUUCAAUGACAUGCUAGAAAAGUCUAGAGCUCAAGUUAAACAGCAAAAGAGCGGGAAAAUCAGUAGAACUGACAGUGACGUUUCUUUGAGCGAGAGUCUAUAUGAUACACUUUUUUCAGAGGACGAUGGUAAGACAGAUACUGCCGAACGUUCCAGAAACAGGACAAGGAAUAAGUCUUUAGAUGUUUUUGAGGUCGUUACAGCCUGCCUAGACAAUAUGGCGGCUAAGACUGGCAUCACUAAAAUACAAAGGCAAUCUCAUAUGGACAGGUGGCUUCAGAAAGCUAAAUCUAAAACUCCAGAAAAAACCCAAUCCAAAACCCAAGUUCCUCAAUUAAAAUUAGAAGAGAAAAAAGAUACUAAAGAAACUAGAUCUAAGAAAAAAAAGAAAAAUUUGUCAUUAACGAAAGUAAAUAAGCCUUAUAGUUUAAGAAAAUCGUUAAACGAAUCUCCUAAUUCACAAAAUGAACACGAUUACACUAGAAAUGUUGUAGAAGUGACAGAUUCUGAUCACAACUCUACUGAUACUGAUAGUUCUAAGAAUUUAAAUGUUCAGAAAAGUACUGAGGUUGGUGUUACUGAUGUGACUGAAAAUAAUGAGGAAACAAAAUCAAGUGAAGAGGUUUCUGAUAAAGAAAGUCCAAAAGAAACAGUAACAACAUUAAAUGGGACACAUGAUUCUGAAAGUGAGCGUACAGAUGAUAACAGUCAGGACAGUAAAAGUUUUUUAAGUACAACUGAUCCAGUCAAUAACAAGACUGAAAUUGAAAAACCUCUACCAAAUGUGACAAAAAUAAAUGAGACACAACAGACUCAAGAUGAUACUACCGAAGACUCUGAAUCUGAACCAGAAAGUCCUGUUUUUGAAGAUUUAUUCAGCGAUGAUAGCCAAGACAGGAAACUUAAACUAACAAAAAUGUUAGCACAAGUACUAGAGACUGAAAAACAUAAUUUAGGCACUAUUAGUACUACUCUAGAAACACAGCCUGUACCAAAGGCAAACGAAAAUGAAAAAGAAAAGACAGUUGAAGUUAAUACUACAGAUAAUACAGAUGAAACAAUGAGUCAAGUUUAUGAAGAUUCCUAUGAUGAAAAUAGCCAAGAAAGCCAAAACACAGAAAUUGAGGCAACAAAACCAAAAGCAAAUGAUGUUAAUUCAUCUGAAGACAAAGACACUAGAAUUGAGAAAGACGUUGUUACAAAGGAAACUGUGAAUGAGGUUGUAGAACAGGAUACUGAAAAUGGUGAUAAAAGCCCAAACACAGAUACUACAGAUCUACCAAUCAGUCAAGUAUAUGAAGAUUCGUAUAGUCAAGAUGCCCAAGAUUUACCUAUCAGUCAAGUAUAUGAGGAUCCAGAUAGUCAAGGUGUCCAAAAUCUACCAAUCAGUCAAGUAUAUGAGGAUUCAUAUACUCAAGAUAGUAAACUGUCAGCAAAUGAUGAAAGUGAGGACAAUAUGAGUACCAGCAAUGCUGAAAACAUCACAGCAGAUUUACAGGAUGAAUUAACAAAUGAUUCAACUGCUGCAAGCACUGAGCCUAGUUUCAUGUCUGUCGAUAUUGAUACAGACAGUGAUUAUAAACCUGAUUGCAGUACUGAAUCAGACAGCUUGUCUGAAGGUAGUCUAAUUAAUGAGAGUAUGGAAUUGGAAAUAUCAAGGAAAAAUAGUACUGACGAAGAUACUGUACCAGAAAAAACCGCUAAGUCUACUAAAAAGUCUAAGAAAUCUAAUAAAAUCUCGAAAUAUCUGAAAAAUAAUCUUGAUAAUCAUGAUAACUAUGCAACAAAAAGGAGUAAUAAAGAAAGCAAUAAUCAAUUUAAUGAUAAAAAUAACGUGAAUAAAAUAAAGGAUCGUAACAAUGAAAUUCAUAAUCGCGAUGUUGUUGAUAGUAUUAAAAAUGUGUCUUUGAAUGGUCAUGUUAACGUAAAAGAGAUUGAUAUGGAAAAUGGCAAAGAAUUGCAUUUACCUAGUCCUAUGCCAGCGACUAUCGUAGAAAAUGGCUUUCAUGAUGUAAACGGUGAUUUAGAUACUAUUUCUGUACAUUCAGAAGACAGUACAGCGUCAACAAAAUCCGAAAAACGUCGAUUACGUUCAAGACAAGAUAAAACUGCAGGGAAUCCUUUAGAAAACCCGGAAUUUGUUAAAUAUCUAGAAUUAAGACAAGACGCUAUAAUGGAUGAAAAUCCAGAAUUGAGUCAGGAUGAGAUUGUAGCUUAUUUACACAAAACUUGGGUUUACGAAGAGAAUGCGAAAACUGAUGAUAAAAAAAACGACGAUUUACGCGAAUCUACUUUGGUUAAAGGUUUGAAUUUGGAUCCUGCGCCGAAACAGAAGGAAAAGAAAGUUGAACAAUCAAAACAAAAGAAAUCGCAGAAAAAUACCUCUAACAGUAAAACCUUCAUGCAAAGAUUCUUACUCAGGCAGAGAGCAGAAAGAAAGAGGUAUAUAGAAGAUGAGAGUUCCCAAGAUGACCAAAUGAGUAAUACCGAUGAGGAAUUGACAAAUAAUAAUAGCAAAUCUGAAAGAAGUAUAACUCCUAAAGUAGUUCAGAAUGAUCUGCAGACUAAUGAAACAGAAAUUGCUUUAGGAUCUACUUCAAAUUCAGAACUUAAAGAACAUAAUAUUAGUACAGAUACAAAAAAUUAUAAAAAUGACACUGAAGUAGCAACAGCGAUUAGUGAAGAACAGGAUAAAGAAAAUAAGGACGACCCAAAGCCAAUAGAUCCUUCCAACGCUGUACAAGUCAAUUUCCCACAGGAAACAGAAACUGCCAAUACUAAGGAAGAUUUUGACAGAGAAUCUAUUGACUCGGAAGACAGCGAGGCACCUCUAAUUAGAUGUAAAUUGCGAUCCAAAUCAAGAAAAGAAAAUAUUUUCAAAGAUGACGUUAAAAUCAAAGAAGAAGAAGCAGAUACAGUGUCCAUUACUUCUGAAGGCAGUGAAGUAUCUUUAAGCAAACGUAAAAAGAAAUUUCCCCCCAAAAAGGAAAAUGCACUAGAAGAUCCAGAAUUCGUUAAAUACAUGGAAGUACGUCAAGACAGUUUGAUUGAAGAAAAUCCACAAUUAACACAGGAUGAAAUAAUUUCAUAUUUAUAUAAAACUUGGUUGUACGAAGAGGAAGGUAAAUCUGAAAUUAAGAAAAACGACGACAUAGAACAAUCUGGUUUAGUUAAAGGCCUUAAAGAUGCAACUCAACAACCUAAAAAGAUUAAACGUAAAGUUAAAACUGAGAAAGAAGAAAUAGGUACGGAAAAAGAUACUGACGACGAUGGUGUAACAAAAGAUAAACCUAGGAGAAAGGUAAUAAAACCUUAUUACAAUGAGGAAUAUUCUGAUAUUGAAGAGGAGUUAGAAGUAUUCUCUAUAUUUAAUGAUAAACGUAAAUCUGCUGAAAAUGGAGUAGAUUCUGAACCGAUUCACGAAGUAAAUGACAUUGAUGAGGUAGAACUUUACUUCCAAGAGUUAGCGAAGCCCAAACCUAACGUUUUCAAAGGUCUGAUCAGAGAGAAAGUCUGUGAAAUGUGUGAAAUGACUGGCAACCUUGUCAAAUGUAAAGGCUGCAAUGGUAUGUUCCACGUUGAUUGUGUUAACAAAGAAGUUGUAGAGGUUGAAACUCCAGCUCCAACAAGAGGCAGAAAGAAGAAGAAAAAGUUAGUACGUAAACCUAAAAACUCUGACGAAUUUGAUAAUCAUGAUGAUAAAUCCCAAGAUGUGUCUGAAGAGAACGCGUCAAUGGAAGAGAUUAUCGAACCAGAAACACUUGCAGUCGACGCUGAGACUUUAGAAGCACAAAUAGAGGCAAAAAUGAAAGAAUUGCUCGAAUCAGAGAAAAUCGAUUACGAUUCAUAUUCGAGCGACGACGGCUGCGAUUGGAGCGACACGGUUCCAGGCAAAUGCGAAAUAAUCGAUGUCAAACUAAAACCGAGGCGUUCGAAUUCCGAAAUGGACUAUUCCAAUUUCAAGUGCAAGAAUUGUCAAAAAUAUGACACUCCCGUUUGUUUCGUUUGUAAAUCGGCUGUUUCUAAAAAUGAGGCUACAUUACGACAGAGGUGUCAUGUGGCUCAUUGUCAUAAGUACUAUCAUUUGCAGUGUUUGGAGCAUUGGCCUCAGACUCAGUUUAAUGGGGGUGAGCCUUCUAAAACUAAUAAGAAGAUUAAUGAGUAUUUUGAGGCUUUGACGUGUCCAAGACACGUGUGUCAUACUUGUGUGUCUGAUGAUCCUAGGGGAUGUAAAACAAGGUUUAGCGGUGAUAAGUUGGCCCGCUGUGUGCGAUGUCCCGCGACUUAUCAUUCGUUCACAAGAUGUCUGCCGGCCGGAACGCAGAUUUUGACGGCGUCGCAUAUCAUAUGUCCAAGACAUUACGAGCAUACGCCCGGCAAAGUCCCGUGCCACGUGAACACAGGGUGGUGCUUCAUCUGCGCUCUGGGCGGCUCUCUGAUCUGCUGCGAGUACUGCCCCACCUCCUUCCACGCUGAGUGCCUUAAUAUUAAACCGCCUGAAGGUGGUUACAUGUGUGAGGAUUGUGAGACAGGACGUUUACCCUUGUACGGAGAAAUGGUGUGGGUCAAACUGGGACAUUACAGAUGGUGGCCCGGCAUAGUCCUGCAUCCUUCAGAAAUACCAGAGAACAUAAUGGCUGUUAAACAUAACUUGGGAGAGUUUGUAGUGCGAUUCUUUGGACAAUACGAUCAUUACUGGGUGAAUAGAGGACGUGUAUUCCCGUUCCAAGAAGGUGAUUCCGGACGUAUUUCAUAUCAGAAGUCUAAGAUAGACGCAGCAUUCACAACGGCAAUGGAGCACGCUCAGAGGGCUUGCGAAAUAUUGAAAUCGGCCCAACCAAACGAGGAAGAAUCACUAGACAUCGCCUCCUCCCUUUUACCUCCCCACUACGUGAAGCUAAAAGUGAACAAACCAUGUGGAUCCCUUUGCGGGCGGCGGCUGGAGGACCCUGAGAGUUCACUGACGCAGUGCGAGUGUAACCCGAAUGAUGAUGACGUGUGCGGGUUGUACUCGCACUGUCUUAACAGAAUGCUACUAACGGAGUGCGGGCCGACGUGCCGCGCGGGCGAGCGCUGCAACAACCGCGCCUUCGAGAAGCGACGCUACCCCAAGCUCGUGCCCUACCGGACGCCUAGCAGAGGCUGGGGACUUAAGACAUUGGAGGACAUUAAAGCAGGACAAUUCGUAAUAGAGUACGUAGGAGAACUGAUAGACGAGGAGGAGUUCAGACGACGCAUGCGCAGGAAGCACGAGAUAAGAGACGAGAACUUCUACUUUUUGACCUUGGAUAAGGAGAGGAUGAUCGACGCCGGACCUAAGGGGAAUCUUGCUAGGUUCAUGAACCACUGUUGCGAGCCGAACUGCGAGACUCAGAAGUGGACCGUGCUCGGCGAUGUACGCGUCGGACUCUUCGCCUUGUACGAUAUACCUGCUAACAGCGAAGUGACGUUUAACUACAACCUGGAGUGCGCGGGCAUCGAGAAGAAGCGCUGCAUGUGCGGCGCCCGGCGCUGCGCCGGCUACAUCGGCGCCAAGCCCAAGCAGGACGAAUCUCAAUCGAAGAAACCAAAAAUACCCGGAAAAAGGACAUACAAGAAAAGAAAAACAACAGAAGAAUCGCCUUCGACGAAAAAUAAGCCGAAACGUCCGAUAGGCCGACCGCCGAAGCCGAGAGAGUUAACCGAAAUUGAAAAAGACCUACUUAUUAUACGAAAUGCUACCAACGGCAUUUCCAGCGACGAAUCUUCUAGAAGCAUGAGUUCGGAAUACGAAAGGAAUCCUAAAGCCUUAAAAAGAAAACGUGUAAGUUUCUCUACUGAAGAAAAUGUGUGUGACGGUUCAGAAUCGCCGAGUGUGAAAAAAACUAAGUUGGAGGAAAAAACUGAUGUUGGUGAUUGAGCGAUGUGUUGGUUUCGCUGCGAUUUUGAGGGCAAAGUAAAUGCGUAAAUACUAAGAUGAUAUGGUCUGACUAAAUAAUAGAAAUGUUUAAAAUAUAUCAAGUCGUAAUUCGCACAAUUUUCGUGUGUUUUCGUAACUUUCGAACUCAGAUCGCACGCGAAAUGUAUCAACAUCUCAAGGAGUUUUAUCAAAGAUUGUCUUAUUGUAAAUAUUAGUAUGUAGCCCAGCAUAUUAUGUAUUAGCCUUACGAAGUCAGGUACACGUAUUCUGAUGCAAAUAACGCCUUUAUUCUUAGGUACAUAAAGUUCAUAUUACUGUAAUAAAGUGUUCAUUCAUUGUGUUACUAUUAACGUAUUAUCGAAAUGCCAAAAUUUUCCGUUUAUAACCGCUAGAUUUAGACGUGUGAAAAAAAGUGAUUCUGUGAUGCGAAAUUGUAGGAAUUUUCUAAGUUUGUAAUGUGUAGUUUUAAAUAGGUAUAUAUAUUUGUUACCCGAAGGAAAAAGUGGAGGUUUUGUCGAGACAGAAUUAACGAUUAAGUUGAAUAAAAUAUUAAAAUAAACUUCA